UAAAAAAGAUUUUUAUUUGUAAUCUGCCGGAAGUUUAAUAACAAGGGCUUUAUUUUGAAAACCUUUCCGUUUCCGGGUGCGAAAUUUAAAAGAAAAACAAAAAAAAAAAAAAAACACGGACGGGGAAUGUAGCCUGUCGCUGUUAGAACUGCGUUUCCCGACUACAGUAAGGCUUUAAUUCAACCCUUUUCAGCAGCUAAAUGUCGGAGCAGCGGUCAGGUUUAUAUUUAGUAAUGAAUGUCUUUACUUUGGUCUCCGCGUGAUGCAACCAGAAACAGACGAAGAGGAAAACUUCAAGCAACAUCCGCUAGUUUUCUUCGACCUGGAGACUACAGGCCUGGGUACGAUAACUUAUUGUAAUAAUGGAUUAAAUGGUAAAGAUCAAGUUGUAUGCACACAACCCGUAGCGGUAGCGUCACACAAAGUCAACACUGCGAGAUCAUCCAACUGGCCGCAGUAAGCGGCGGCCACUCGCUCAACCUGUAUGUCGUCCCCCGCUGUCGCAUUGAGCGAGGAGCGGCCAGAGUCACGGGCUUCAAGGUCCGCGGACAGAGACUCUACCUAGAUCGUCGCCUCGUCUUCACCAACACCCUCAGAGAGGUCGUGGUCUCCUUCAUCGCUUUCCUUCGAAUGCUUGGUCGACCCCUUGUUGUCGGCCAUAACAUCCGAAACUUCGACUGCCCCCUGCUGGCGCGGGCUCUCGACGAGCUGGACCUGAGAGCGCAGUUUGAGGGUUCAGUUUCGGGUUGCGUGGACACUCUUCCUCUGACUCGGGAGCUGCUGAGGGAUUGUGGCCUGCAGAGCUUUGGCCAGGAGAACCUUGUCAGGGAGCUGCUGGGGAUAAACUACAAGGCCCAUGAUGCUUUGGAGGACGUGAGAGCAUUAAAGACUCUCUAUGGCUUCCUUCAGCCGACAACAGAAGUUGUCCGCAGGCAUAUGUUCACUUUGGGUACUAUGGACAGCAGACCAACUGUACCAUGGAACAAAAGGACAAAAAGGACGUCGCCGUCUGCUGGAGAAUUUCAGACAAACGGGGAAAGUAAAGAAACGACAUAACGGAGAAGCCGAUACACGUCAACAUACAAACAUAUAAAACUUAGACAAAACAUAGGUGAUCUGAAACGCUAACUGAAAGUGGGACAGUUUUCAUGAAUAGUGUAAUUGUUGAAUAGAUUCCCUCACGUCCGGUUGUUUUCCUUUGAAAUCUGACACCUAAAUAGGUCACACUUUGACGUUCAGUCAGCAGCUCGUGCAGAAUCGGCAUUAUCUACCUGACGUUUUAUUUGUGACGAGAAGUUUUUCUUAAACCUAGAGAUAAAAUAAACCUGAAGUACAGGAGAGAAUUUCAAGUGGUAGCGUGGAUUUUUGAGCAGCAGAUGCAUUCAAACCUUUUAACAGGCACAGCUUUUUAAUCUUAGAAGGUGAUGAGUUCAAUCCAUAUUAGGGCUGCACGAUAUUAGACAAUAUUCUGAUGACGAUGACUUGAUGUGGCAUCUUUACAGGAAAAUACUAAUGCGGGAGCACGGCUGGAAAGGGGGUAAAAAACGGUAGUUUCCCAGCCAAAAUGGGAGACUUGAUAUGUAUGCACCACAGGAAGUGAAGUCUGCAUUGGCCAUGUCUCCAGAUAUUGAAUAAAUAUCAACAUCCGUCUUGUUUGGUUAGCUUCAUAGCAUCGAACUGGCGCAGUGCAAUUUGCCAAAAAUGGCUUAAAAUAAUUUCUAGUCAUAAUUUUCUGUAUUUAACAGCUGUUUGUGCAUGUGUAAAUGAUAAGUACACCUCAGAAAGUACAAAGCUGUGCUCUUGAACAUACAUCAUGGCCAAGUGUUUGGGAUUGGGUAACAUUUAAAACUUCAACAGAGUCUGCGCUUCCAGCAAGCAGUCGUUUUUCAAUAGCUGAACAUCCAGGCCCUCUGUACGAAGCUAAUAGCAUAUAACAAGGGGCUGGUUUUACCAGGCUACCCUUCCUCUGCUUGUAUGUUUAGUCUCUUUGUUCUACUUGAAGGUGAACCUCCAACAUGGCUUCCAGGAAACUAUAAACAGGAUUUUUUUUUUUUCGAAUUCUCUCUAUACGGGUCGUUUGUCUUAGCUCGUUAGCCUUAGCCUCUCCUCCAGACUCCUAAUACGGGCAGUUUGGUUGUUUAUCUGAAUUAUGGUUUCCUAGCCGGUGAGUUUAUGUCUCGGUAUACGAGAAAAGUAGCGAGAACGUCAUUGUUUCAAGAAAGCUGCCGAGAAGUCCUGUUUACAACAAAUUCAAGUGUUUUGAAUGCAUUUGUAAAACAAAAUUUGAAAACCAUUAACCGCUUUCCUUCCCCUUCAGAUAUUCAACACUCAAUGUUUGUGGUUUUAAUGUGACAAAAAUAUGAAAGACAUUUUAUUAGUGGAGGUAAAAGUAAAAUAUAGAGCCCAAAUGGGUUUUUCAGUAGCAUAUCAAGACUUUAUUAAACCACUUCACAUUCAUAGUUUCUGCAUUCCCAUACAACGGUCAACAAAACUACUAGAGGCUAACUGGAAUCCAAGACAUUUUUUUCCCCACACAGCUGCUCCGACAGAAACAUUGCACAGCCCUCAAUCUACAGUGUUCAAAACAGAGAGGCGUCUUCAGACAAGAUCAGUAACAGAGGCAACUUCAAAAAUAUACAAGAACUGUUGAUGAAACGAUUAUGUCGUUAGAAUUACAGAACAUAAGACGGUAAAACGUUUAUAGGAGAAACACUGACAUGAGGUAGUCCCAUCCUUCUCUUAUUUCAGUAACAAAGAGCUGAGACAUGAGAGCAGCUAAGUAGAGACGUGUUUAACAAAAGACCUGCAUGUAGAAGCAGCUUUAUUUAUUCAGAGAAGUGAUUUUUUUUUUUAUUGGGAGGUAGGCAGGAUGACAGCAUUCAUGUUGAAAUACUCGUUUUGGGUUUUCCCUUCAAGCAAUUUGAAUUUCCAAAUUUUUCCCCACAUGAUCCGACUUCCAUAAACUCAACAACUUACUCCAAAGUGAAGCAGUUUUCAGACUGAACUUUGCGUGAAAGAUGGAUAGAAGUUGAGGCUGUCUUUGAAUGAUCUCAUCUUAUUCUUGAGAUGACUAAAUUAAUACUGCACAUAAAUGGGUAAUUGUGGUUUAUCAACGUCAAGUCCUUCGGUGUUGCUGCCAUGACACCUGGGGAUUAUAACCGUAAUGGAUUGACCAGCAAGGGAAAAUUCUCACCGAAUCAGCUCAAAAUACUGAGAUUAUUGAAUAAUAAUUAAAAUAUAUAUAUAUGUUUUAAUUUUGAAAUGGUGAGCUAAUUACUCUGUUCGAACAAGAGUAAAUGCUCAAGGUUUCGUUGACGAGAAAUUCAUGUAAAAUCAAGGGUAUUCUUAAAGUAAUUUAGACUACAGGCAUGUUUCUAUCCAAUUCUGAUGCAAAAACUUUUAAAUUUCGACAAAAAAGGAAAUGCAAAUUAGGCCUGUUUCCACCUUCUGGUUUAAAGCAAAUCUAUCUGGGCACGUCAAGCCUUGAUGGAAAUGCGGCUUAUGGUAACACCAAAAAAAGAAGCUCUUUGUAAUCUAGUCAGAUGAUGAAUACUUCAAUAUAAAAUUGGUUAGAAAUUGUUCUAAAAAAAAAA